GAGAUGAUGGGGUAUGGGGUAAAUGAAAUGAUAUUAUAUGGUUGUAUUCGACCACAUUUGUGAUGGCAGACUAAACCUCCAGAGGCACGACUUUCCUGCAGAGGCUCUAUUUUAUCUUCUUACGCCAUUUUAUUGAAAUCGACACGUCGAGAAUCUACUACAUUUUUGGUGUCGUUGAUAAAUAUUCUGAUUGAAACAGCUCAACCAUAUCUCAGACUACACAAAUAGACUCGUCAAGAUGGCGGUCGGACUUGGGCAAAGGUUUUUGAUGAAGAUUGUGAAGAAUGAAUCUAUGAAAACAGACCCCCCCGAAAUCUAUGGAUGGAGAGUUUUCUUUCUAGCAUGUUCAGCUUGUUUCGGCGGCAUGCUUUUUGGUUGGGAUAUUGGCACAAUUGGAGGUGUGAUUGUUAUGCCGAGUUUCACCAAGAAAUACCACAUCGACACUCUUGCUCCAGUUGCACAAGCCAAUCUCUUAUCGAAUAUUGUCAGUACAUUGCAAGCGGGCUGCUUCUUUGGAUCAUUGUUCUCUUACUACGUUGCGGAUCGAUGGGGUCGAAGGCCUGCGCUACUCCUUGCUGCUGGUGUCACAAUUCUAGGAGUCGUUAUUCAAUGUGCAUCGGAUGGACAUAUCUCGGCAUUGUAUGUCGGUAGACUAGUUGGUGGACUGGGUGUUGGAGCUGCUAGUAUGCUCACACCACUUUAUGUCAGUGAAAAUGCACCCAGAGCUAUCAGAGGUGCUCUCACUGGAAUGUAUCAACUAUUCAUUGCUACUGGGACUAUGCUGAGUUUUUGGAUCAACUACGGCGCCAUACUACACCUCAAAGGCGAUGCACCAUGGAUUGUUUCACUUGCUUUACAAAUGUUACCGGCAAUUUUUCUACUCGUGGGAAUCUUUCUGUGUCAUGAAUCUCCUCGAUGGUUGGCUCGCCAAGACAAUUGGGAAAAGGCUACUGCGGUUUUGUCAAAAGUUUCCAAUCUUCCAUCAGAUCAUCCAUAUAUUCGCAUGGAAUUAGAAGAAAUGGCCGAACAACUCGAAAACGAACGCCGAAUAAUCGGCGGCGCCGGUUUCCUCGAUCUCAUGAAAGAAAUGUGGACAAUAUCAGGAAAUCGCAACCGAGCUUUAAUAUCGAUCGGACUAAUGAUCUGUCAACAAAUGACCGGCACCAACGCCAUCAACUACUACGCUCCAAAGAUCUUCUUGAAUCUCGGCAUCGACUCCACCACAUCCGGACUCUUCGCAACCGGUGUCUACGGAAUUGUCAAGAUGGCUACCUGUGCGGCCUUUCUCCUCCUGGCCGCCGAUUCUCUUGGAAGAAGAAAAUCUUUACUCUGGACGAGUAUUGCACAAGGAUGUGCUAUGUUUGUCAUUGGUUUCUAUGUGCGAUUUGAUCCGCCGCUUAAGGGUGCUGUUAUACCUCCCGUAGGAUACUUUGCUCUGACUUGUAUCUAUCUGUUUGCUGGGUUCUUUCAAUUUGGUUGGGGACCCUGUUGUUGGAUUAUUGUUAGUGAGAUACCGACUGCGAGAUUGAGAGCGUUGAAUGUAGCAAUUGCAGCGGCUACACAGUGGCUGUUUAACUUUGUGGUUGCAAAAGCGGUUCCUACCAUGCUAGUAACAGUCGGCCGCGCAGGCUACGGGACAUACUUCAUCUUCGGCACCUUCUGCUUCAGCAUGUUUUUCUUCGUGUGGUUUCUCAUCCCUGAAACCAAAGGUCUCUCACUUGAAAAAAUGGACGAUCUUUUUGGAGUCACCGCAAUCGCCCAUAAAGGGGACGUAGAAUCGAACACUGGAUCUCUUCGAGGAGGUCCAGGUGCUAAUAUUAACGCCAACAAUGAGAAGACCGCUGUCACUAUUCCCGAUGUCGAAGCUGGCAGUGAGAGUCUCAGGAAAAGAGAGGUCACGAAUACUACGACUGAGGGAGAACAUAUUGAACAUGCUAGUGUAUCUAAUACGCAGGCUCAACGUUAAAGUGCAGAAAUUAUAGGGGCUGGUAAUGGGAAGAGAGUUGGGCUGAGAGGUGGUGCGGGGCCUGAGAGGGUAUUGACGUCUACGAGACUUCUUAUGGGGAGGAGAAAGGGUGACAGGGGUAGUGUGAGUGAUAAGGUGGGUUAUUACGGUUAAAGAGAUAUGAUUUUUGUUAUGGUUUUCUCGUUUUAGUGUGGCACUAAGAGUCUUGUGGACCAAUGGAGAUUCGGUUACUGGGAAGGGGACGACGAGGGGAGGUAAUGAAAGAUACGGAUGACA